GUGGUGAAACCCACUCUCCGGGGGAUGCGGCCAAUCUCCAGGUUCCUUGGGCCACAACUCCUGAGCCAUACAGGGCGCCGGCCGAGGCAGGGUCGCUACCCUCGGACCCGUGGAUCUCCAGGCAGCGCCUGUGACGAAAUGUAAAUGAGCAAAGAUGGAUCAAGAAGGUGGGGGAGAUGGGCAGAAAGCCCCGAGCUUCCAGUGGCGGAACUACAAGCUCAUCGUGGAUCCUGCCUUGGACCCUGCCUUGCGCAGGCCUUCUCAGAAGGUGUACCGCUAUGACGGAAUCCACUUCAGUGUCAACGACUCAAAGUAUAUACCAGUCGAAGACCUCCAAGACCCCCGUUGCCAUGUCAGGUCCAAAAACAGAGACUUUUCCCUCCCAGUCCCUAAGUUUAAGCUGGAUGAGUUCUAUAUUGGACAGAUUCCACUUAAGGAAGUGACUUUUGCAAGGCUGAAUGACAAUGUGCGGGAAACCUUCUUAAAGGAUAUGUGCCGAAAGUAUGGUGAGGUAGAAGAGGUAGAGAUCCUUCUUCACCCCCGUACUCGAAAGCACCUGGGCCUGGCCCGUGUGCUUUUCACCAGCACUCGGGGUGCCAAGGAAACAGUCAAAAAUCUCCACCUUACCUCCGUCAUGGGCAACAUCAUCCAUGCUCAGCUUGACAUCAAAGGACAACAACGAAUGAAGUACUAUGAAUUGAUUGUUAAUGGCUCCUAUACCCCUCAGACGGUGCCCACUGGGGGCAAGGCCCUGAGCGAGAAGUUCCAGGGAUCUGGUGCAGCCACUGAAACGACUGAGUCCCGCCGCCGCUCUUCCUCUGACACAACUGCCUACCCAGCAGGCACUGCUGUGGUGGGCACCCCUGGCAAUGGCACCCCUUGUUCCCAGGACACAAGCUUCUCCAGCAGCCGACAAGACACCCCAUCUUCCUUUGGCCAAUUCACCCCUCAGUCCUCCCAAGGAACCCCCUACACAUCUCGGGGAAGCACCCCUUACUCUCAGGACUCUGCCUACUCCAGCAGCACCACUUCAACCUCCUUCAAACCCCGGCGGUCAGAGAACAGCUACCAAGAUUCCUUUUCCCGCCGCCAUUUUUCUGCAUCUUCUGCCCCAACAACCGCUUCUACAGCCAUCUCAGCUACCACUGCAGCCACCGCUUCAUCCUCCUCUUCUUCUUCUUCAUUGUCCUCAUCUUCCUCAUCAUCGUCUUCUUCCUCGUCCUCUCAAUUUCGUGGUUCUGACUCAAACUACCCAGCAUAUUAUGAAAGCUGGAAUCGCUAUCAGCGCCAUGCUUCCUACCCACCACGCCGGGCAACUCGGGAGGAGCCCCCGGGGGCCCCUUUUACAGAAAAUACCGCUGAGCGCUUCCCACCUUCCUACACCUCCUACUUGCCCCCUGAGCCCAGCCGGGCCACUGACCAAGACUACCGGCCUCCUGCCUCAGAGGCCCCACCCCCUGAGCCUCCAGAACCUGGUGGAGGUGGGGGUGGUGGGGGGCCUAGCCCUGAGAGAGAAGAAGCUCGGACCUCCCCUCGCCCAGCCUCACCUGCCCGUUCCUGCUCCCCAGCCCCAGAGACCACUAAUGAGAGUGUGCCCUUCGCCCAGCACAGCAGCCUGGAUUCCCGAAUUGAAAUGCUGCUGAAGGAGCAGCGCUCCAAAUUUUCUUUCCUGGCCUCUGACACAGAGGAGGAGGAAGAGAACAGCAGUACAGGCCCUGGGGCUAGAGACACAGGGAGCGAGGUUCCUUCUGGGUCAGGUCAUGGGCCCUGCACACCCCCUCCGGCCCCAGCUAAUUUUGAAGAUGUGGCACCUACAGGAAGUGGGGAACCAGGGGCUGCCCGAGAGUCUCCCAAGGCCAACGGACAGAACCAGGCUUCUCCAUGCUCUUCUGGAGAGGACAUGGAGAUCUCCGAUGAUGACAGGGGUGGUUCACCCCCUCCGGCCCCAACACCCCCUCAGCAGCCUCCUCCCCCACCUCCUCCACCUCCUCCUCCACCUCCUUACCUGGCUUCCCUUCCCCUUGGCUAUCCUCCCCACCAACCUGCCUACCUCCUCCCACCCCGACCUGAUGGGCCACCACCCCCAGAGUACCCCCCACCUCCACCACCGCCACCCCACAUCUAUGACUUUGUGAACUCCCUGGAACUCAUGGAUCGACUUGGGGCUCAGUGGGGAGGGAUGCCUAUGUCCUUCCAGAUGCAGACCCAGAUGUUAACUCGGCUUCAUCAGCUGCGGCAGGGCAAAGGAUUGACUGCUGCCUCUGCUGGCCCUCCUGGUGGGGCCUUUGGGGAGGCCUUUCUCCCCUUUCCGCCCCCGCAAGAGGCAGCCUAUGGCUUGCCCUAUGCUCUAUAUACCCAAGGGCAAGAAGGCCGUGGGGCAUACUCUCGGGAGGCCUACCACCUGCCUUUGCCCAUGGCAGCCGAGCCCCUGCCCUCCUCCUCAAUCUCGGGUGAAGAGGCCCGGCUGCCUCCUAGGGAGGAAGCAGAGCUGGCAGAAGGCAAGGCCCUACCAUCAGCGGGCACUGUGGGCCGUGUGCUGGCCACCCUAGUCCAAGAAAUGAAAAGCAUCAUGCAGCGAGACCUCAACCGCAAGAUGGUGGAAAAUGUGGCCUUUGGAGCCUUUGAUCAGUGGUGGGAAAGCAAGGAAGAGAAGGCCAAGCCAUUCCAGAAUGCAGCCAAACAGCAAGCCAAGGAAGAGGAUAAAGAGAAGACAAAGCUCAAAGAGCCAGGCAUGCUGUCCCUUGUAGACUGGGCCAAGAGUGGGGGUACCACAGGCAUCGAGGCCUUCGCCUUUGGGUCAGGGCUGCGAGGGGCCCUACGGCUGCCUUCAUUCAAGGUAAAGCGGAAAGAGCCAUCAGAAAUUUCAGAGGCCAGUGAAGAAAAGAGGCCACGGCCCUCCACUCCUGCUGAAGAAGAUGAAGAUGAUCCCGAGCGAGAGAAGGAAGCUGGAGAACCAGGACGUCCAGGGUCCAAGCCCCCAAAGCGAGACGAAGAUCGAGGCAAGACCCAAGGCAAGCACCGAAAGUCCUUUGCUCUGGAUAGUGAAGGAGAAGAGGCAUCCCAGGAAUCUUCCUCAGAUAAGGAUGAGGAAGAUGAUGAGGAAGAUGAAGAAGAUGAAGAUCGAGAAGAAGCUGUGGAUACUGCUAAGAAAGAGACAGAAGCAUCAGAUGGCGAGGAUGAGGAAAGCGAUUCGUCCUCCAAAUGUUCUCUGUAUGCUGACUCAGAUGGUGAAAAUGGUAGCACGUCAGACUCGGAGAGCAGCAGUUCCUCCAGCUCUUCAUCUUCCUCAUCUUCUUCCUCAUCAUCCUCAUCAUCCUCUUCAUCAUCGGAAUCAUCCUCAGAAGAGGAAGAGGAAGAAGAGCAGCCAGCAGUCAUUUCCUCAGCGUCUUCGCCCCCCGGAGAAGUCCCAGCACCUCUCCCAGCACCUGUUGAGGAGCCCGAGCCAGAGAGAGUUGCAGGCUCCCCAGUUACACCUCUCUCUGAACAAGAGAAGUCUCCAGCAAGGCCUGCAGGUCCCACAGAGGAACCACCUCCCAGUGUGCCCCAGCCUCCCCCAGAGCCACCAGCUGGGCCCCCAGCUCCAACCUCCCGUCCUGACCAGCGACCCUCUUCUCCUAUUCCCCUUCUUCCCCCACCUAAGAAACGCCGGAAAACUGUCUCCUUCUCUGCUGUGGAGGAGGUGCCUGCCCCAGAGCCUCCACCAGCUGCCCCACCACAAGCCAAGUCUCCUGGCCCGAUCUCUCGCAAAGUCCCCCGGGGCGUAGAGCGGACCAUUCGCAACCUGCCCCUGGACCAUGCAUCUCUGGUCAAGAGUUGGCCCGAGGAGGUGUCCCGAGGGGGUCGGAGCCGGGCUGGAGGCCGAGGUCGCUCCACUGAGGAAGAGGGUGAGCCAGGGACAGAAGUGGACCUGGCAGUACUGGCCGACCUGGCCUUGACCCCAGCCCGGCGUGGGCUGGCCACCCUGCCUACUGGCGACGAUUCAGAGGCCACAGAGACCUCAGAUGAGGCAGACCGCCCCAGUCCCCUGCUCAGCCACAUCCUCCUGGAGCACAACUAUGCCCUGGCCAUCAAGCCCACACCUUCCACACCGGCCCCCCGGCCUCCGGAGCCAGUUCCUGCUCCAGCAGCUCUCUUCAGUUCCCCAGUGGAUGAGGUCCUAGAGGCCCCUGAGGUGGUAGUGGCUGAGGCAGAGGAGCCAAAGCAGCAGCAACUGCAACAGCAGCCAGAGGAUGGGGAGGAGGAGGAAGAGGAAGAAGAGGAGGAGUCCGAGUCCUCAGAGAGCAGCAGCAGCAGCAGUAGCAGUGAUGGUGAGGGGGCUGUCCGACGGCGCAGCCUCCGCUCUCACACCCGGCGCCGGAGACCACCGCUCCCACCCCCACCUCCACCACCCCCCUCCUUUGAGCCCCGCAGUGAGUUUGAGCAGAUGACCAUCCUGUAUGACAUUUGGAACUCGGGCCUAGACUUAGAAGACAUGAGCUACCUGCGGCUCACAUAUGAGCGGCUACUGCAACAGACCAGCGGAGCUGACUGGCUUAACGACACCCACUGGGUCCAUCAUACAAUCACCAACCUGAGCACUCCAAAGCGCAAGCGGCGGCCCCAGGAUGGGCCCCGAGAGCACCAGACAGGCUCGGCACGCAGUGAAGGUUAUUACCCCAUCAGCAAGAAGGAGAAGGACAAAUACCUGGAUGUGUGCCCCGUCUCAGCCCGGCAGCUGGAAGGAGUGGACACUCAGGGGACUAACCGUGUGCUUUCGGAGCGCCGGUCUGAGCAGCGGCGGUUGCUAAGUGCCAUUGGCACCUCAGCCAUCAUGGAUAGUGAUCUGCUAAAGUUAAACCAGCUCAAGUUCCGAAAGAAGAAGCUUCGAUUUGGCCGGAGCCGGAUCCACGAGUGGGGCCUGUUUGCCAUGGAACCCAUUGCAGCUGAUGAGAUGGUCAUUGAAUACGUGGGUCAGAACAUCCGCCAGAUGGUGGCUGACAUGCGGGAGAAGCGCUAUGUACAGGAGGGUAUCGGCAGCAGCUACCUGUUCCGGGUGGACCACGACACCAUCAUUGAUGCUACCAAGUGUGGCAACCUGGCGAGGUUCAUCAACCACUGCUGCACGCCCAACUGCUAUGCCAAGGUGAUCACCAUUGAGUCACAGAAGAAGAUCGUGAUUUACUCCAAGCAGCCCAUUGGCGUGGAUGAGGAGAUCACCUAUGACUAUAAGUUCCCGCUGGAGGACAACAAGAUCCCGUGUCUAUGCGGCACUGAGAGCUGCCGUGGCUCCCUCAACUGAGGUGGGGCAGGACUGGUGCCCACACCCCUAUUUAUUCCCCCUUGGUGCCCUGAGCUCCCAGCACCCCCCCAGCCUUAGUGGGUUCAGCAGGGCCCACAUACCCCCAUCUCCAAGUGUGGGGUUGGGAGCUCCAAGCCCAGCGAGGGAGCCUCAGUCCCUUGACGAGGCAGCUACUGCCUCCCCUGUUACCCCUGCCCACCCACCUCUUAAUUUUUUUCUUUGCGGAGAAGAAGCUGUAAAUGUUUUGUAGCUGCCAGCAGCUGUUUCCUGUGGAAACCUGGGGUGCCGGCUUGUACAGAUCCUGUUCUUGGGGGGUUGCACAGCCCUCUUGCUUUGUGUUAAUGGGGAUUUCCCCUUGUGCCCUGCGUGCACCCCUCCCCAGUUCAGGGGUCUCUAGGGGCAGUGGCCAUGUUCUCCCCCUGGGGGGGGGGGGCCCUGUGCCCCCAGUCCUGGGGACUCCGUGCCUGGAACCCUGCCUCAUCUUCUGUUCCUGCCAGACCCUUUGGGUCACCCUCCCACCCUGGUGUCUGGAGGCUUUGGCUCAUCCAGGCCAGGAUGGUGGGGGUGGGCCCUUCUUGUUGGGCUGGAUUGUAUAUAUGUUAAUAGCGCAAACCCAAGGCCACAUUUUUAUAAUUGUGAUUAAACUUUAUUGUACAAAA